AUGAUAGAUCAUAUUUUAGGCAGACCGUCACCUGCUUUGAGACGUACGCAGAUAUUUUUGGUGCUGUUCUUUUGGAUUUGGAGAUUAUACAAAGGUGAUGGUGCACCUAGACCCACUCCUUCGAGAUCUGCGAUUGGUCCAUCGCCAAGUUCGAGAAUAGGUAUAUUAGGUGGAGGUACUAAGGGAAGAGCUUGGAUCACUAGAAUAUGGGUGAAGAUAGCUGGGAGGAGGAUGGUGAGAUGGAUGAGCAGACUAAAUGAGAGAUUAAAACAUUUCACGCCGUAUCAAUUGAUACUAGGUACACUGACUCUCGUAUAUGCCUUGCGACAUUUGGAUGACUUACUGGGAAUAGGAGCACCUGAACCUUUGGCUAGACUAUACUCCCGAUCAUACUACCGCGCUACUUACGUCAAUACCGCCUUUGACGCAGGUUUCUCUUCUGCGAUGUCGAUACGACCGAAAUGGUUAAGAGAUAUCUGCAGUAUGCUAUUCACGGGAUACUAUCUCGUCUGGGCCACGGAAGGUGAUGAAGUGUUGAGAAGAUUCAGAGCUGUAUGUUCGGUCGAGAUGCUCAGGACCACUUGGGAGAAAACAAUGAACCCAUACGUCCGAUUACUUACCAUCACCCAUCGGCCACGACUGCCUAUAAUACGUCAUCUUACUAUCAUACGUCCGCCCACAUCUUCUCGUGCCAACUUGCCUUCAGUAAAAGCUAUGUUAUUUUUCAAUGGUACGGAUGCCGAACUAGCAACAGCUACUGAAUUGGUCGUGGAUUAUCCAGGAGGGGGAUUCAUUGCUAUGGGUCCGGAAUGUCAUGAAGAAAGACUGAGAGCUUGGGCGAAAAGGACCGGCAAACCUGUGUUGGGAGUCGAUUAUGGAAAAGCUCCAGAAUACCCCUAUCCCUGGGCGAUCGAGGAGGGAUUCGACGCUUAUCGGACGCUCAUGGAGACUAAAGGCAGAUGUAUCGGCAUUGAAAGUGGCAAAUUGGGUAUAGUGCUUACUGGUGAUUCAGCCGGCGGGAACAUUUGUGCAACCAUCAUGCUACGUAUCCUUGAGCAUCCCACAGGUAUCCCCAAACCAGUGUCGAUGAUUCUCGCCUAUCCAGCCCUAGAUUUCAACUUCACGUCUUGGAUGUCACCUACCAAUUUACGAGUUCUGCGCACAGAGCAAUCUGAAACUCAGAUUCCAGGUAUUGUACACGGCAAAGAUCACAUGCGGCACAAGUCGCCUCUCAGCGUGGUGGAUGAUCUGGAGACCAAGCGACGAAGGAGGGCUGGCAGACAAAGGCAGAAAAGUUGGGCACAGACGGUAUCGGGUGCAUUCCCAAAUAUCAUGAGUCCAGCAGAAGAGAAGAAACCCAAAGGAACAAGAAGUAGCCCUGCAACACCCAUUCAAAAAAUCAAGUCUUUGCCAAGAAGUAUGUCAGCAAAAGUCGUCGGAUGGCUAGGAGGCGAAGAUGGUGAAAAGGAUGACGAAGACACCGAGGAGAACGCGUCUGAGCCAUCAGAUUCAGACGACGAAGAUACCAUCAAACCUCAAUUCCUUGAUACACGUCCUGAGGCAGAAAGAUCACUAGCAGAUCGAGUGAAGACUCCUGCUGAUGAGAGGACUUUCGACUUUACACCAGUCGAUUCACCUAAACUUAUCGAGCCAGAUAUACAGGACGGUAAAGAUGAUGUGGAUCGAUUAGUUGCUAAGAAGAGAAAGAAGAUGCCAAUCGGCACAAGAUUGACUAUGACGAGUCGUGUAGGGUAUUUCCAAGAUAGGAUCAUCUCUCCUAGUAUGAUGAGAGCGAUGGCAAUCUUAUACGUCGGACCAAGACGAAAUCCUGAUUUCGAAACGGAUUACUACAUUUCACCAAUCUUAUCGCCACCUCACUUACUCGCUCAUUUCCCUCCGGUCUAUCUUAUAUGUGGCGAACGUGAUCCUUUUGUAGACGACACCGUUAUCUUCGCAGGCAAGAUAAGGGAAGCGAAGAAGGCGAGACGUACUCAAGCGGAGUACAAUCAACGUGGUAGAUCUGCCAGAUAUGGAGAAUAUUUGCAGAUAUCGACGGGAAAAUCCAAAGGUUCAGUCGACGAAUUGCCUGAUCCCAUCUUACGAGAAUCGGAUGAUGACUGGGUACAAAUGCGGAUCAUCGAAGGAUGGGGACACGGUUUCAUGCAGAUGUCUUCGUUGAUGAGAGAGGUGGAUCCCAUCUUGACAGAAAUGGCAGAUUGGAUAGAUGAGUCUUUUAUCCGAUUUUCUGAAAGACAGAGGGAUAUGGAGGAAGUGGCAGCGUCUCACACUGCGGCACAAAAUUCCCUUCAAGAAGAGGAAAUAGCUUUAAUGGUUCCAGACGAUCAUCUGAUGCCACCCAAUUCAGCCCAUGUCAAACCUGCUCGGAAUUAUAAGAAAUCACCAUCGAGUUCGAAGCCUGGAAAUGCAGAUCUAGGAUCGGUUUAUGGAGGUGAACAAAGUGAUGAUGAUAAUAAACAUGGAUUUGAACCAGGAGAUAACUUGGUUACAUUCACACCUAAAAGUAAAGAUAAACCAAAAAGGAGGUUACCACCACCAUCGAAAUUCCAUCCUGUACCGAGGAGACCAUCAAAAGAAAGACUGGAUCUACAGAGAUCUUCGUCGAUGCCUAAAUUUGAUGUGGAUGAAACUGGUUCUUCCGGCGAAGCAAUGUCAGUCAAAACUCCGCCAUUAACUUUCAAGAAUCUACCUGGUUCAGCUGAAGAGCCCAAAAAAGGCUCAGGGGCAUUUGCUUUCUUUGGUGGAUCAAGAUCGACCUCGAGUCAACCUAGGACGAUACAACCUUUGUCGACUGGAUCGAUUUAUGGUGGUAAUCCACUCAGAUCAACCUCGUUAGAUCGCAAUCCGACUUCAAACCCUAUAUCCUCAUCUGCCCCAACGACGACAGGUCAAGGAACACCCACCUCGAUUCCACUGGAUAAACCGAAAAACUCAUUGGUAGCAGCAGCUGUAGCAGGUGCAAGAGCUGCAAGUCCAGCUUUAGCAGCAGCAGGUCUCGUACCUCAGAAAGUCGGAGAUGUCAGUGAAGCUGAAUUAUUAAGGAGAAGAAGGAUGGAAGCUGUUUACGGAUUUGGUGGAACGGAGAGUCAUAAUGUAUCAGAAGGUGAAGAUGAGGAUGGGUAG